UUGAAAUUCGAAUCCGUACUAAAGUUAUCGUGGAUACGGACAGACGGACAGACCAGACAUUUCCAUAAAGGGGUUUUCGCCCCUUAAUAAUUCAAGCUUGCCUUGAUUAAUAAACAAGUACAUUAUUUUAGUAAAGUUCAUUUUUCUAGGCAAUCGCCGCGGACCGUAGAACACCGCGCCACCGGUAGUAUUCUACACACGCCGCCCCGCCAGUAAAUCUGAUUUCCUAUUUCAACACACACCAGAGGGAGCUUAUCCAGCUAAGCCAACGCUGAUUCAAAAUUUCCGCCUCCGGCGCCCCCAAAUUCACCGGCUUUACCCUCUGGCGGCGGGCGACUCAAAACCCAGUCAAAUCAGCAGCUGACAAAAGCAAAACAAAGGAAACUUAAUUAGCAACCAGAUCACUCGUCAAACGCAGUACGUUUUACAAAUAAAUUUAAACAUGUAAAAUGUCGGCAGGAAAGGGGAUUUCCACCAGCAGGAAAAAUGGGACAGGACACAUUUUGCAAGAUCUACUUUCCUCCACGGUUUCACUCGAGGUCAAAUUUUGUCCCCCGACAGGAGAACCACGUUCCUCGUGAAAUUGAUGACGGGAAUAAGAAAUCAUCCCCAGAAUUUCCCCCUUCGUGCUGUUCAAUCUGCUCCGGAUCGUCGAAUCUGAGUCGCCUCGCCCUCCAGGAAAUGGAACUUCUUGUCAAAUUCGUCCUAACUCGGGAACAAGUUUCUCUCAUUUUUCAAACAGGCGAAUAUCCGCAAAUAUUUUGUUGCAAAAUUUGCUCCUCCGCGAUCCUCUCGUUGGCCAAGUUGUCUAAAACUAUUGAAAAUGUGACCAUUUCCCUGCGUGCCGUCAUCUCCGGGGGGAAUGGAGUGUUAAACAAGCUGGGGAAAGGGUACACACUUAGUGAAUUGUCAGAUGGAGAUGCCACCUUGCAAAAGAAUGCAGACCAACGAUUACCUGGAUGCCGUCCAAAGGGGAGAUUCACCGUGAAAAUGGAGCCAGAGGAGGACGAGAUGCAGGUUGAAAUCCCCGAAAUACCGGAAAAUUCAUGUUCGGACUUUGAUGCAGGUUCGGAAUCUGUUUUCGGACAUGACUCAAAAUUUGGAGCCGAAAUAUGUCAACCGUUCAUCGUCACGCGGAGCAAGAAGGUUGUCACCGCCGGGUUUCGUGACGUAUCAGAAAAUGAUGCAAAUUUGCUCAGUGGCCUUGAAGCAUUGAAGCCUGUAUGCAAAAUAUGUGCAAAAACGUUCUACAGACUGUGCAAUCUCCGACGCCACAUGAGAAACAAACAUAAUCAGGUUGAUCACUCAACAUCAGAAGAAAGCUCAAAUGAUGAUAAGAAACGACUCGCCGACCGAUCCGAACGCGAAUAUCCGUGCCCCCAAUGUGACAAGCGAUUCGGUUCGAAAGCUGCCUUAGCCGGGCAUUCGCGUUCCGUUCAUAACAAAAGGACGACUCGCACCGGACCGAAAUUUUCGCACGAAACUUUCGCCAAUUUUAAUACGCUGCUCAAAUACCGGAAUCACCGUCAUGGCAUUACAUACCGCGCAUGCGCAACGACAUUUGCCCGUUCUACGUGCGACAUAUGUUCAAAAACUUACGUCUCAUCGAUAACCCUGCGUCGUCACGUGGAGCUGAUCCAUUUCCCGGACAAGACGUCCUGUCCGUACGGUUGUCGGGUCGAGAUUGGCUCGGAAGUCGAAUGGGUGACGCAUUUGGAGGGGUGCAACUCACCAAAAAUGACUGUCCAAUCGGCGUGCAAUCGGUUUUUUUUUUGUGGGGGAAGAUUCACACGGCGGGAUGUCCUCGCAGUUCAUUGUUGCCAGCAGAAGGGGAAGAUGGGGAAGGAUUGUUUUUAUUUCAUAUAUUUUUGACAAUCUUUCAUUAAUUUGAGAGAGAAUAAUAUUCUGUGGUAAAUUUGA